CUGUUCACGACGGUUCUCUUAAUUGCCGUGCAGUUCUCCAAUCUUUCCCGAUUCAGUUAUAUUAUUUACUUUUAUGUUGUAUUCAGGUCGGCGGCAAAUUUGGAAAAUAAAGACAUGUUCAAUGUAAAAAUUGUGACUCAACUUAUUUUAUUCUCUACUAUUUUUUCAGUUGUCAUUUUGCUCAGUAUAAAAUAUUUUGAAAUCCAGACAAACUAUCCAAGAAAAUACUUUUGCGUGACAUGUCCCUGUCUACCGGACCCUAGUUUGCCAAGAAAUAUAGAAAUUGAAUUGAAUUUCAAUUUGCUUAUACUCGCCGAUUUUUUUUCGAUGAUGAUGAUUAUUUUGCAAUUUGGAAUGGAAAGGUAUCACGAACAUCCCACCUACUUGUUUUCUUUACAUGUCUGCCGUUUUGUUUUCAACAUUACAAAUUUCACCACUUCCGGUGCAAUUGGAAAAGUUCUCAAACCAAUUUUUAACGAAUUAUGCGGACUUGGAGGGAAAUGUUCCGAUGAGAAUGUGCUACCUCAUACUAUUGUCGGAUUGUUAUAUCUAAUAUAUAUCUCAAUUAUGAUGACAAACUUUGCAGUUUCAAUAAUUUUGAUGUAUUUUUAUGACCCAUAUUAUCAACUUGAAAGGCCUCCGGUAAUAAUGAGGCUGAAUGGUACAAAUCGACGCAGUCGUUCGACAAUCCAACCCCAAAUCUUGCCAUCACUUGGCACGUCACCACAUUCCUCGUUCAAUCGAUCUCCAUCACCUCCGAAGUUUACAAGAGUUGUGAUUCCAACAACAAAACGGCCGAAAUAUAACAAACUAGACUCAAAUGAGUCAAUUAUAUUUAAAUAUUCGAAGAAUAAGAUUAUGCCUGUAAACCAUCCAAACUUUCAAUCUGAAAUCGUUAUAGAAGAGUAUUAGUAGGGUUCAAAUAUACUAGGAAAGAGUGAAAAUGAUAAUGACAUAUGUUACUUUCAUUUUUCUGCGUUUUAUAAUAAAUGAAUUCAUGUUGUUAAA